AGUGAUACUUUCCACAGUGUAUGAUAGGACUUAAGUCCGUAUAUUCUUCCCAAAAUAUCUUCACUCGCUCUUUCUCAUCUCUCUUUCCUGCCUCUCAACCCUAACCCUAGCUUUCUCUCUGCAACAAAUUCAUCAUGAAAGGAGGAAAAUCGAAGGCCGACUCAAGAAAAACGGACAACAAGCUUGCAGUGAAGAAGGGGAAGAAUGUGAAGGAUCCCAAUAAGCCUAAAAGACCUGCCAGUGCUUUCUUCGUUUUCAUGGAACAGUUCAGGAAAGAUUACAAGGAAAAGCAUCCUAAGAACAAAUCAGUUGCUGCUGUUGGAAAAGCUGCUGGAGAUAAGUGGAAAUCCAUGUCUGAAAAGGAGAAAGCGCCCUACAUAGCUAAGGCAGAGCAGCGCAAGGAGGACUACAACAGACAGAUGGAAGCUUACGACAAGAAAAUGGAGGGAGGUGAUGAGGAAGAGUCUGACAAGUCCAAGUCUGAGGUGAAUGAUGAUGAGGAAGACGGCAGUGGAGAGGAGGAGGAUGAUGACGAGUGAACACUUCUGGUAGGAUGAUAGUGUGCUUAUGGAGCUGUUCUUGAUGUUUUAGCAGUUGACCUGGCUAGUAUUAUAUUUAGGAUUGUUGUUUGUUUAAGGAUAUGUUGCCCUUUAUUUUGUCCGUUCGUUUAGUGACUUGUAUGUAGCUCCUUAUUAGAAUCGGAUUUAACUUGGUAACAGCUUAUAGCUUCUGUAGUGCACGCUGUUCAUCUUCUACUUGGUACGAUGGGUUGGAAGCUUGUUCCUCCCAUCGUUGGAUUGUUUAUAUUUUGUAUUAUGAAUGUGUUACAUUUGCCCGUCUCAUCUUCUUAGCUCUA